AUGGUUUUAUAUCUCACAAGAUGGCCGGUGUUGAUAAAUGUGGGAAAAGAUGAAGUGUUGCUGACAGACAAUUUGCAUCAAGGCUUCAUUGAGCUAUGUAACGAUGGCGAAGUAAGCUCAUUGCGUAUAUUUUAUUUGGAAGAUGGAGAAGGACGUCUGGAAAGGGAAUGUAUACAAAUAAGUGGUCUAGAACGAGCGGAAGAUUGCGGUAGUUUGGUAUUUCGGAUUUGCAGACUUAAAUCGGGCGCUGAUUGCAAUGAGCAUGUGCUGAUAAAGCCUGAAAGAUCUAAAGAUUGUCAUACAAUUUAUUACGCUUUUCGUUAUCUUCAGCAGAAACGUAUAGGUUGGGAUUUGAAUUAUCGGAAUAUGUCUUUGUUUAACCUGGUAAAGCGAAAGAACAGCGAGAAAGUAAUCCCACUGCGUGUGAAAAAUAGCAAUCAGAAAAGAAAACCAGUCACUUCUAUUGACAUUUAUGAGGGUUCUCCCAAUAAAAGACUUGUUCAUAAACCUGAAGAAGAAGCCAACGGUAUUUUGAUAGAUCCUUUUACCAAGCAGCAUCCUGCUGAGCUCUUGAAAGAAGAAGACAGAAUAUUAGAAAUGAACAGUGCAAUUACAAAAAGAAAUAGUCCGAAAAAGAAAAUUACCAAUUUGGACGAUACUUUUUUAUGCACCCAUAGCAAACAAUCUACAUCUGAUCUCUCAACCAGUUUCGAGCGUUUAUCGGCAGGAACAGAUGCUAUUUCACAGAAAGGAUUCCUGAAUCUUGGAAACUCAUGUUAUAUGAAUGCUGUACUGCAAGGAUUAUUUCAUGUUGAGGCCUUUAAAGAUCUGUUAAAUGUCGUGCCAGAAUCAUCAAAGGACACUAUCCUGAGCGCUUUAAACGCACUUCAAAAAAAUUAUCAAAAAGCAGCCAAUGCAAAGAAGCGGUGUUUGCUGGAAAAUGUUUUUAAAUUUCUAGACGACGAGCGAUUUGAAAUGACCGAACAAGAGGCAGCGUAUUUGAUUUUUAACUUUCAUAUUCAAAUUAUCAUUUUUCGCAUGUUAAGUUUCAGUGGGGCCGAAAAAUAA